AUCUACAGUGCAAUAAACCAAUGCAUGGUUUAUUGGGUUUGCCUAUUGAUACAAACAUGUAGUGAAACUUCAGUUAAACAUUAAAUGUUGUGUUUAUGAACAGGAUAUACGUUCGAAAGUGUCGCAAUGAAACACCGCCAUCGAACCCUGGCCGCGGAACAAGUUCCAAAGGAACUAAGAGUACCGCAUGUGAAAUCAGGAUACAGACUGCUAAACCAGCCGUGGAUGUAUUAUAUUGAAAGCCUAGUUCAUAUACACAACGAAACUUUGAAUGUAUGGACUCAUCUCAUUGGAUGUGUACUGCUAAUUAUUCAGAUGACGGUUUAUUUUUAUAUAUAUGCAUCAGACAAUGCUGUAAUUCGUUGGACGUUGCUAGGCCAUGGCACAUGUUGCUUUAUCACGCUAUUUAAUAGCGCUGUUGCACACCUGUUACAUUCCCGUUCGUGUUACUCUAACUUCAUGGUGUUCAUGUACGACUAUGUGGGUGUGGUGAGUUGGGGGUUCGGUACUGCCAUCCUUGCAAUGUACGGCGUCUCAGACAAGCACAUGUACGAGGAACUCGAACCAGCGUUUCUUACCAUUCAGCUAAUAUGGACAUACUUGACGUUUAUUAUAAUAUGUAUGUCCAAACUUUGGUUUGGUCAUGAUCUGGAGAUAAGCUCGAGAAAAAAAAUGAUUGUCGUGUCAAUUUUUAUACAAGCUCUGAGCAAUGUUAUUCCAUGGUUUCCAAGGUAUAUUAGCUGCUUUAACGACGUUGACUGCAGCCUCUCUUCGCUCAACCACAUAACCGUGGUCUGCGUAUCCUUCACACUGAUGACCAUAACGUUUGUUCUCCACCAACCCGAGAAGUCCUGGCCAGGCAAGUUUGACAUAUACGGUCAGAGUCACCAAAUCUUCCACGUUAUUGCUACAGUGACCCAGUCUUUACAAUUCUACGCUUUAUAUAUUGAUUAUACGCAUAAAGUAAACUCGCACUGCCAACCGAACUUGAACAAGCUUGGCGCACAUAUUUUAUUAUUAAAUAUAUCAUGUAUACUCACUUUAAUAUAUUUUAAACCCAAUGUGCGGAAAAAGUUGCAAGACAGAAAGUCCAAACACGACUAGAGUGAUACAUUUGAAUGUAAACUUGCCAUAUAGAUGACAUGCAUUGUUAUUGUAUUUUUAUACCGAUUAUAAAAUGUCAUUUCCAUGACCCAAAUA